CAGGAGUUUAGUCCCCGCGCUACGGUUCGCGAGGCUGUGUGUGUGCCCAGGGCUGCCGCGGCCGUCGAUCGGGGGAUUAAUCGCGAUGGGGACAAAGGCAGACGUCGGGAGGAAACAGUUGCUUCUCUUCACCUCGGCGGUGCUGUGCUCCUUGGUGUGGGGCAAGGGUACAGUCUACACUUCUGAACCUGACGUCAGAAUUGCAGAAAAUAAACCCGUCAAGCUACCCUGUACCUACUCUGGCUUCUCCAAUCCCCGUGUGGAGUGGAAAUUUGUGCAAGGCUCAACCACAAGUCUUGUCUGCUACAACAACAAGAUCACAGCUUCCUAUGAGGAUCGAGUUACCUUCUCGCCAAGUGGCAUCAGCUUCAGUACCGUGACCCGGAAAGACACCGGGACGUAUACUUGUAUGGUUUCUGAGGAUAACGGCAACAACUAUGGGGAGGUCACCAUCCAGCUCACUGUGCUUGUGCCCCCAUCCAAGCCUACAGUCAACAUCCCUUCAUCCGCCACCAUUGGGAACCGGGCAGUGCUGACUUGCUCAGAACCAGAUGGUUCCCCACCCUCAGAAUACACUUGGUUUAAGGAUGGGACAGUGAUGCCUACAGAUCCCAAGAACAACCGUGCCUUCAGCAACUCUUCCUAUACUCUGGACCCCAAGACAGGGGAGCUGAUUUUUGAUCCCGUGUCAGCCUCUGAUACUGGAGAAUACACUUGUCAGGCACAGAAUGGUUUUGGGUCACCUAUGAUGUCAGAUGCUGUACGCAUGGAUGCUGUGGAACUGAAUGUGGGGGGCAUCGUGGCAGCUGUCCUGGUGACACUGAUUCUCCUUGGACUCUUGAUUGGAGGCAUCUGGUAUGCCUAUAGCCGAGGCUACUUUGACAGAACAAAGAAAGGGACCUCCAGUAAGAAGGUCAUUUACAGCCAGCCUACUGCCCGAAGUGAGGGUGAAUUCAAACAGACCUCAUCAUUCCUGGUGUGACUCUGGUCUGGCUCCUCUCCUGUCCUCAGUGCUUGCCUUACUCCGGUGCUACUAGACUCUGGCCCCUGACAUCUGUAGUUUUCACAGGAUGCCUUACAUUGUCUUCUACACCCCACGGUCCCCCACUGUCAUCUCAGUUAGGAUGUGUUUUUUUAAUAAUGUCAGCACGUGCCCCUUUUUCCCUUGUGCCCUCUCUUCCACUCCUGCUGCAGCCAAGUGGCCUGAGGCUGCUUCAAGUCCUCUUUCUUUGUCCUACAAGGGAUCAGGCAGGAAUCCUGGGUGUUCCUGUUGACUCUCUUCUAAGCAGACAUUGGGAGUAGUGGGAGUGACGGGGCUCCCCGAAAUCUGCAGUCACCACCCACUUGGCCUGCAGUGGCUUCUGCAUAGGUUUUCCUCCUGAUGAGGGCCAGCGUCAGCUGUUCUGGAGUGGGGAUGGGAAGCUGGAGCUGCUGCAACGGUUGUUGGUGGACGAUGUCUGGAGCCCACCCUGCUGUCUCCUCACUGGAAGUGCCACGAGGAACCUUCAGUCCGGUCCCAUGCCUGAACAUAAGCAGACUGUGCCUGUAGGAAAGCCUGAGCUUUUGUUGCGGAGAGCAUGAUAAACGCUCAGGGGACAUGGAGUGAGAAAAAUUUCAAACUACUGAUCAAAAGGAAAGCGAGCUGGAGUUGAUGGCUCAGGUCGUUCCCCUUCCCUGGGCUGGAACAACUGGACAGAUCCUCUUAAGAUGUGUCCGUGGGACUGGGUAUGGUAGUAUUGGUGGAGCCCGUGCGUGUGUGUGUGUGUGUGUGUGUGUGUGUGUAUGGUAGUUUUGGCAGAGUCCCUCUGUGUGUGUGUAUGUGUGUAUGGCAGUGUUGGCAGAGUCCCUUUGUGCGUGUGUGUGUGUGUGUGUGUUAGCUAUGUGCUGAAAUUGGAUGAAGUUGGAGGGUAUCUUUGCUCUUCAGUGCGAUUGUGUUUCUGUAUGUUUAUGUUAACUGGAUGUCAGAAAUAAAAAGUUGACUUGUCAAAGGUUCUUUUUGUGGGAAAUUGGAGACAAGAAAACUCGGAGCAUCCCUGAGCUCCUCUGUGCAAACAGGAAGACAUCAUCCUAGCAGCCUGGGGCUGGUUCCCAGGGUGCUGUCGUGCCCCACUUCCUGUUUCCUGUCUCAAGGCAGGGCUGCUUCCUGGAGCCCUCUAACAGCCAGGCCUUCCUCCGGCUCGAUGAGGGUCCUUGAGGGUGAAGCUGAUGCCCUGUUCUGGCCUUGUGCUUUCCCUGUGGCAGGAGACUGUCCCCUCCUUCUACCUGCCCAGCCAAGUUUACUAAUGGGCUUCUCUGAGGCUAUAGACAUAGCUGCAUCAGGGCCGAGCGAGGAUUUCUCAGAUCAUUUGGAGAACUUCUGUAGUUUGAACUAGUAACUAGUGCUUUAUUUGGUGGGUGGGGUUCACGAGAGAAUAGAGCAUGCUAAAUAGGACGGGACUGGUUGUCAUUGGUUACCUCAUUCCCUUCCCAUCAGGAACCUUCUCUGCCCCUUAGAUUUCUAUUUCCACCUUCCACAGUUCCUCAAUCUAUUUAUUAGGGAGCAAGAGGGCAAAUAAAGGGUGGACUUCAUCUCAUUUCUUUCUGUGGAGCGUGAGUGCCACUUCGCCAUGUACUGUACCUCUAUCUGAGAACCCCUAGCAGAAUUUGAGCUUUCUAUUAAAAAUACAAAAGCAAAAACAAACUGACAAGAAAGAAAACAACAAAACUAAGGGUCAUGCACCAGGAGCAAAAAAAAAAAUAUUUCCACAGGAAAUAAAAUCCAAGCCAAUAAGUAAAAAGGAAAUCAUGGUAUGGUUCAGUAGGGAUGAGAAUUUUGAAAUAUGUUCUGGUUGUGUGUCUUGCUUGUGAGACUGGGUGGGAGGGAGAGGGGAGAAGCCAUGGGGAGAGCAGAUGGGUCCUGACUUCUCUAAGUGUUGGUUCCUUACCUGCAAAGCGAUUUGUGGUGUGAAUGAGUCACUUGGAGCCAGCCCUGGAAUUCACCUCUCUGGCUUGCAAGAGCCCCCUUGCAGUUGGAAAACACCUUGUCUGCUCCGUUUUAGAAUGUCAGAACUUAAUUUUUUGUAAUAAAUGUUUAUUUUUCACAUUGA